GUCCAACCCCAGAUGCAAAUUUUAAGUUUAUGCAAUUGGUCACCGCACGUCACAAAUGCAUCAAACUCCGGAAAAAGAGUGCUUACAAUGCAUACGAGGCCACGCCCUUGAAGGCAUUGGAAACUUUUUCCCUUGCCUACUUUUAAUGUGGAAAUUUCAAACAGGUCCAAGCUUGUUUUCUAAAACCUCACCUUUUUUCCCUGUAGCCUACAUUGAGUAUGAUUAAAGUGCAAAUUAUAUUAAACUGUUAGUCCUAAGUGUAAUCAUCCGCCUGUAAUUAUGAUGCUUAAAGAAAACAUUUUUCCAUUCAAAAAAGAAAGAAACGAUCCUACCACAACAACCACAAAAAAUAGCGAUAAUCAUUCAUCUAGGAAAAAUAAAGGCUCAAGAGACUUUACAUGCUUUCUUCAUUCCUAAUCCAUCAUGACAAGAACAAUCCUUUUUUCUUGACAUUUAGCUUAUCUUAAACGCAUGGUAAGCAGGUAAGGGGGCGUUUUUUUGUGCCCUCAUGUGCUUAAAUCAACUGAUCAAUGACAAGCAUCAUAUCACAGCUACAAGACAAACCAUCAAAACUGGCAUGGGAACAAGGAAUAUGGUCACCCACUUUCUUGGGCAUUAGGUAUGGAGUCUGAUCCAAGUCAUCCUAAUGGGGUGAGUUCUUUUUCAAAACUACAUACAUUUUAGUGGAACUGAUCGGACCCAUCACUGCUCACUCCGUUCCUUUUCCGCCAUUAUAUAAGGACUCCCAUCCUACAUUUGUUAUUCCAGAGCAACCCCCACUCUCUCACACACAAAAUGGCGGGUGUCGGAGUUGUGUGCGUAGUCUUCUUGGUCCUGUGUGCUGUAAUGCCAAGUUUGGCGACUGAUUAUACCGUGGGUGACUCGACCGGUUGGACAAUGGGCGCUGAUUACAGCACUUGGACUAGCGGGAAGACCUUCGUCGUUGGCGACACUCUUGUAUUCAAUUAUGGAGGGGGACAUACUGUGGACGAGGUGAGUGCAAGUGAUUAUAGCACUUGCACAGUUGGGAAUGCUAUUACUUCAGAUAGCACAGGCGCCACCACAAUAUCUCUCAAAAAAACAGGCACGCAUUACUUCAUAUGUGGGGUAAUUGGACAUUGUGGUAGCGGGAUGAAGCUUGCUGUUACGGUGGAAUCAGGAAAAACCACUGCACCGCCUACCUCGUCGUCCGCAACACCAUCUUCCGGUGCCGCCACCACUUCACCUGCGACGCCCACUGCCACUACCACUACCACACCUUCAUCUACUGUUGCUCAUUCAUCUGCAGGGAACGCUUUUUCUCCAUUUGUAGCUGUAGUAAUCACUUGGCUUGCUUUGUUUUUGUUGGUUUUGUCAUGAUUGAGGUUGGUGAUGGUGCCUUUUCAGGCCAGGAUGGAGGCAGUGCUCCCUUUCUAUUCUCUAUCUCUCUUUUUCUCUUUCAUACAUGGGAGAGAUGCUUGUAUUGAGAUUUUUCUAUUGUGAUGAAUGAGUAGGUUGUUUGUGAUAUAA